AUGUGCAACCCUCCUCCUCCAAAUCUGUUUCUCAAAGUAUUCAUCAACAAAAACAAAACAAAAGUCCUAUUUGCAGAAGCCGACAACAAUUUCAUCGACGUUCUCCUUAGCUUCCUCACGAUCCCCUUAGGAAAAAUCGUCACAAUUCUUCAAAACCACACCGAAUCAGAAUCGCCAGCCGCCAUUGGGAGCUUAUCCACUCUCUACAAUGGCCUGUCCGACCUCGACCCCGCCCAUUUCUCUACUCCAGGCGCUAAGGAGAUGCUGCUGAAUCCGAGGAGUUCAUUUCGAGCCGAAUGCCGUAAACUGGCCGUCGAUGUUGCCGACAACGCGCCGCUGCAAUGCUUCCUUUGUGAAGACGGAGCAUGCAUUGAAAGUGUGGUGAAGAAUGUCAGCUUGUAUUCCGAUAUAUCUAAGUGUGAGUGUGGAGGGUCUUUGAAUGAAGAAAUACGCAUCGAAGAAUGUGGAGAAGAUGAAGGUGGAGUUUUUGUGACUAGUCCCUCUCUUUUCAUCGUCUCCGAUGAUCUGAGGGUUGCGCCGAUUGUGACUGGAAUCCUACAGUCGCUUACUGAUUUUGGGAUUGCAGACACUCAAGGGGCAGAGAUGAAGAGUUUCUGUCUUGGUGAUCAAGAGGUUCAGAAGCUGUUGAAGUUGUCGCUAACUUCUGCAACCCCAUUAACCGACUUGAUAUUAAGGAAGAAAACAGUAGAAAACCCUCAAUCUGGGAUUUGGUUGGAUCAUAUUCAUCAAGACGAUGCUGCUACAGCGUCAAAAAAAUUUGGGUUGGGAGCGUUUUUGCAGAAAUCGAUGAAUAAACUCUUGUUUGCUGGCACUACAUGGUCCAGAGAUAUCGUUUUGAGAGCAUGCUUCCUCACUCUCUCUCUAGGUGGAGUUGAGUUCCUGUUGGGAAACAACACUCCCUUUAAAAGUGUAGACAAUUUAUACAGAAGCGUAUCAACGGGCAUCGAUGAUAAGCAUUUUGCAACUUCAGACGCUAAAAAUAGGCUGAUAAACCCGAAGCUACCUCACGGUUAUCUUUCCAAAAAUCAGCUUCUUCUUCCUCUUAGUGAAGAAGGCCCUCCAAAACUGCAUUACAAAGAGAGUAAUAUUGGGUUACUUCAGGAGGAAGUUGGAGUAACGUUUACUUCAUUCAAAUCUAGCAAGGAAAUGUUUGUCAACAAACAAACGACGUGUUUUGUGAACGAUGACUUAAGCAUGAGCCCUAGUUUGGCUACAAGAAUGUUGAUCCUCAAUGAUCUUGGCAUUCCUUUAUCGCAUGUGAAAGAAACUGAGUUCCACAUUGGAGUAAAUGAGGCAUUAGGUAUACUGAAAGCAUCUCUCGUAUUAAAAACAGCUUUAUCUGAUGGCCUCAUCAAACCCAUGCUAAAGCGACAGGCCAAGAAAGAAGGUUAA